AUGGAAGCUUCGCAGGCGGCGGCCGGGCCGGCCAAGGGGGAGCGGCCGGGCUCCUCCACGACGGCGGAGGCGAAGGGCGGCCCGCCAAGGCGCAGGAGGCGCGGGGCCCCGCUGGCGGCCAACGGCACCACGGCGGCCAACUCGCUCCUGUCGCGGCGGGGGCGGCUGAAGCGGAACCUCUCGGCCGCCUCCUCCUCCUCGGCCAACGCCGCCGCCACCCGCAGCCUGGACCGCAAGGCGCUGCUCCUGCUGCCCAAGCCCCCGCGGCAGCUGCAGCCGCUGCAGGCGCCCGAGCGGGACUGGGUGCGGCGGGACCUCCAGCGGGGCUGCCUGCAUGUCUACUGCUACCAGCACCUCCAGCAGCAGCAGCAGCGGGGAGGCGGCUGCUCCCUGCGCCCCGUGCUCUGCACCCUGGAGACGGCCGCGGCCGAGGUGGCGGCCCGCCUGCUGCAGCUGGGCCACCGCGGAGGAGGCACUGCCGCCGUCCGGGUGUCCGGCAAGCCGCCCGGGGGGGAGAGCCGCCUGCAGCCCCCCGAGGAAGAAGCGGAAGGAGAGGGAGCCUCGCUCUCGCCCGCCCACCUGAGCCUCACCCCGGCCGGGCGGAGGGCGAGGAGCCGGCGGGGCGCCCCCUGCCCGCCGCCCGGGGGAGCCGCCCUGUCGCCCCCCGACGGCAGCCCCGCUCGGCCUUCCCCGCCCGGCGAGCUCUACCUGGCCGGGCCGCCGCUCUCGUGCCCCUCGCUGCUGCUGCUGGGCGGCUCCGACACCGAGAGCUUCAGCCCCAGCGCCGAGAGCGCCUCCGACCGCCUGGAGCCCUGCAGCGCCGGCGGCGGCUCCUCCUCCUCUUCGGCGGCGUCGUCUUCCUCCGAGGAGCUCGAAGAGGCCGAGCCGGCGGAGGCAGGAGCCGAGGGCAACGGGGGCGCUGGAGCGGGGCCGGGCAGGAGCCAGCUGGGCCAGGCGGCGGGCGGGGAGUCCCCCGGCAAGGGCCAGGCGGCCCCGGGGGGGAAAGAGCCCUGCUCUCCCGCGGCCCGCCAAGAAGAAGCCCCGCCGGCCCUCUACGUCCAGCUGCACGGCGAGACGGCCCGCCGCCUGGAGGCCCACGAGAAGCCCCUGCAGCUGCAGAACGACUACCUCGCGCACCUGGGCUUCCGCGACCCGUGGCGGGUGCAGGAGGAGGGCAUGGACGCCGAGACCGGCUGCCUCAUCCGCUUCUAUGCAGGAAAGCCCCUCAGCAUCGGCAACUCCGAACGAAUUCAGCUCUCAGGAAUGUACAAUGUUCGAAAAGGGAAAAUGCAUUUGCCGGUCAACAGAUGGACGAGACGCCAAGUUAUCCUUUGCGGGACAUGCCUAAUUGUAUCCUCGGUGAAAGAGAGCCAGACUGGAAAGAUGCACGUCCUCCCCUUAAUUGGUGGAAAGGUUGAAGAAGUUAAAAAGCACCAGCACUGUUUAGCAUUUAGCUCCUCCGGACCUCAGAGCCAGAGUUAUUACAUCUGUUUUGACACCUUCACUGAGUACCUCCGGUGGCUCCGUCAGGCUUCAAAGAUUGCAUCACAGCGAAUAAGCUCAGUGGAUCUUUCGUGCUGCAGCCUGGAGGACCUGCCAGCCAAUCUGUUCUAUAGCCAGGACCUUACUCAUCUCAAUUUGAAGCAGAACUUCCUGAGGUUGAGCCCUAGUUCGUCAAUAAUCGGAGGACUUAAUGAGCUGCAAAGAUUCAGCAAGCUGAAGAGCCUUAACCUUUCUAACAAUCACUUAGGAGACUUUCCUUUGGCUGUGUGCAGCAUUCCAACCUUGUCUGAGCUCAACGUCUCCUGCAACGCACUCCAAAGUAUCCCGGCCGCCGUUGGCGAUAUGAACAAUUUACAGACCUUCUUGCUGGACGGCAACUUCCUCCAGAGCCUUCCUGCUGAGUUGGGAAAGAUGCAGCAGCUGAGCUAUCUGGGCCUUUCCUUCAAUGAAUUCUCCGACAUUCCAGAAGUGCUGGAGAAGCUCACGGCCAUGGAGAAGCUGUGCAUGUCUGGAAAUUGCAUAGAAGCACUCAGUUUGCAGACGCUAAGGAGAAUGCCACACAUUAGACAUAUAGAUUUAAGGCUAAAUGUCAUCAGAAGGUUGGUGCCAGAUGAUGCUGACUUCCUGCAUCACGUGACCCAGCUUGACCUCCGGGACAAUAAACUAGGAGCCCUGGAUGCCGGCAUCUUCAAUAACGUGGAAAUCCUGCACUGUGAAAGAAACCAGCUGGUAACGCUCAAAAUCAGCGGAUACUUGCUGAAAGCUCUCUACGCCACUUCGAAUGAACUUGUUCACCUUGAUGUGUACCCCGUUCCAAACUAUCUAACCUAUAUGGAUAUCUCUCGAAACCACCUUGAGAGUCUUCCAGAGUGGGUUUGCGAUAGCAGAAAGCUUGAAGUCCUUGAUAUUGGCCACAAUCAGAUCCGAGAGCUGCCUGCCCGGCUGUUUUGCAACAUCAGCUUGCGGAAGCUGCUUGCAGGACACAAUCGGUUAGCAAGACUGCCAGAAAGGAUCGAACGAACACACGUGGAGGUCCUUGACGUGCAACACAACCUGCUAACGGAGCUGCCAUCCAAUCUUCUGCUGAAAGCUGACAGCUUGCGGUACCUGAAUGCUUCUGCUAACAAACUGGAAAUGCUCCCUCCGGCCACCCUUUCAGAAGAGACCCGCAGCAUUUUGCAGGAACUGUAUUUGACCAACAAUCACCUCACGGAUAAAUGCGUGCCCUUGUUAACGGGACACCCGCAUCUAAAAAUCUUGCAUAUGGCCUACAAUCGCCUCCAGAGCUUUCCUGCAAGUAAAAUGGCCAAACUCGAAGAACUGGAAGAAAUCGACGUUAGCGGGAAUAAGCUGAAAUCCAUUCCUACCACCAUUAUGAACUGCCGGCGCAUGCAUACUGUGAUUGCACACUCCAAUUGUAUUGAAGUCUUUCCAGAAGUCAUGCAGCUUGCUGAAAUCAAGUGUGUGGAUCUGAGCUGCAACGAGCUGACCGAAGUCACCUUACCCGAAAACCUGCCUCUGAAGCUGCAGGAACUGGACCUGACCGGAAACCCCAGGCUCGUCCUGGAUCACAAGACCCUGGAGCUAUUGAACAACAUCCGUUGUUUCAAGAUCGACCAGCCAUCAGCUGGGGAUGCGUCUGGAGCACCAGCAGUGUGGAGCCAUGGGUUCACGGAAGCCUCGGGGGUGAAGAACAAGCUCUGCGUGGCAGCUCUUUCCGCCAACAACUUCUGUGAGAACAGGGAGGCUCUCUACGGAGUCUUUGACGGAGACCGCAACGUAGAAGUCCCUUACCUGCUCCAGUGCACCAUGAGUGACAUCUUGGCAGAGGAGCUGCAGAAGACAAAGAAUGAGGAGGAGUACAUGAUCAACACGUUCAUUGUCAUGCAGAGGAAACUGGGAACUGCUGGACAGAAGCUCGGCGGCUCUGCUGUCCUUUGCCACAUAAAACACGAUCCGAUCGACCCCGGCGGAUGCUUCACCUUAACCUCUGCGAACGUGGGGAAGUGCCAAUCCGUUCUCUGCCGGAACGGGAAACCUCUGCCUUUGUCCAGGUGUUACACCAUGAACUGUGAAGAGGAGCUCAAGAGGAUCAAGCAGCAUAAGGCCAUUAUCACGGAGGAUGGCAAAGUAAACGGCGUGACAGACUCCACCAGGAUUUUGGGAUACACCUUCCUUCACCCGAUCGUGGUUCCUCGUCCUCAUGUGCAGUCCAUUACUUUGACUCCUCAGGAUGAGUUCUUCAUCCUGGGGAGCAAAGGCCUGUGGGACAGCAUCUCCAUCGAUGAAGCUGUGGAAGCUGUCCGGAAUGUGCCCGACGCUCUGGGAGCUGCUAAGAAACUCUGCACGUUGGCUCAGAGCUAUGGCUGCAACGAUAGCCUCAGCGCCGUCGUGGUUCAGCUCAACGUCACCGAGGACAGCUUCUGCUGCUGUGAGCUCAACGGGGUUCCUCCUCCCAGUCCGGGUAUCUUUCCCCAGUCGGUCAACGUCGUCAUUAAAGAUAAGCCUUCUGAUGCUUUGGGGAUGCCAUCCUCUAGCAGCGGGAUGGCCUCCGAGAUCAGCAGCGAGAUCUCAACCUCCGAAAUGAGCAGCGAGGUGGGGUCCACGGCUUCCGACGAGCCCCCUCAGGUAACUUUGAAUGAAAACAGCCCGGCCUUCCCUAGCGAACAGCGUUGUAUGCUCCACCCGGUCUGCCUCUCAAACUCUUUCCAGAGGCAGCUGUCCAGCGCGACCUUUUCCAGCGCUUUCUCGGACAAUGGCCUCGACAGCGACGACGAGGAGCCGAUCGAGGGCGUCUUUUCCAACGGCAGCCGCGUGGAAGUGGAAGUGGACAUCCACUGCAGCCGGGCCAAGGAGAAGCAGCUGCUGCUGCAGGUGCCUGCGGAGGCCAACGACGAAGGCAUCGUCAUCAGCGCCAACGAAGACGAGACGUGCCUCCUGAGGAAGGCCGACUUGGCUGCCGUGGGGACCAUCGGGCGCCGCCGGGGCAACGGUUCCGUGGCCCCUCCGGAGAGGAGCCACAACCUCAUCGAAGUAGCUGCUGACGCGCCCCUCAGGAAAACCGGGGGUUACUUUGCUGCCCCAGCUCAACCAGACCCGGACGAUCAGUUUAUCAUCCCUCCUGAACUCGAGGAGGAGGUCAAGGAAAUAAUGAAGCAACACCACGAGCAGCAACAGCAGCAGCAGCAACAACAACAGCGGCAAUACCAGAUCGACCAGCUGCCAGAUUAUUACGACACCCCACUAUGACCCAGCUUGCUGACACGAGUUCAGAAGACAUUGAAAACGAGAGCCUCCUAGGUUCACAUUACACUAGCAGGGCACGGGAGAAAGGAACGUCGUUUUCCACCGUCUCUUCCCGGCCUUGCCCCUCUACUGAGAACUGCGGCUGCUUCUUGUCCUGUUGGCUCUAACAAUCACCGAUUCUCUUUCUAGUGAUAACAUCACCAGUUAGAAUUAAACUAGUUUAACUCUUUUGUCCCUUUCCCCCGCCCCUUAACAUAUCAAAUGUUUUUUUUUUUUUACAAAAAAAAAAAAAGCGGAGAAAAAAAAAUUAAAAAGUACAAAAGGUUUAAUAUAUUGCAGAGAAAACUGAUGACACGGAUGCUGAUGUAAUAUUUUUAAAAAUUGUUUCUUUUUUGGGGGGGGGAGGGGUCUGUUUGGAAACAGGGGCAGUAUUGCCAGUGCUAAAUGAUUAAGUAAUAUUGUAAUACUGUAUUUCUUUGAGAGAAAAAAAAAAGGCUUUUUUGGUCUUGAAAAUGGAUAGACAUUUGUAGAAUUAUGGAGACUAACUCCUAGGAGUUGCAUUUACUCUUUCGAGUGGCUUUGAGUCACUGAGAUUCACUAAUUUUCUCUGAGAGAACAGCUGAUUGGGAAAUUCCUGUAAAUAACUCAGUGUUGUAUAGUGAUGCUUAAAAACUGUUUUGUAGUCUCGGCAGGAGGAUGCAACUUGAUAAGCAGAUCUUUUAUUCCCCCCCCUCCCCCGCCUCCCUAAAGGGAGGCUCGGGCACGUGCGUCAAAGCUCUCCCUGGCAACUGGCGAUGCAACCAAACUCGGAGGGCGCGCAGCCAUAUAAACAUGAUAUUUUCCCAGCCAGUCACCUGAGCGAGAUGUUGGGAGACAUGGGUUGAACCCUUGGAUCUAUGCGAUUGUGUCCAGUUGCCACCUGGGUUGGCUGGGCCCCAGUCACCAAGGUUACGUUUUGUUCACCUGUGCAAUGGCUGUCAUGCAGAAGGCUGCUUUGGGGGCACAGUCUGCACCCAGUUAGCGGGGGGGCAGCCGUGUUAGGUGCGAGGCUGGGCCGUUGAGCCCCGGAGACCCAAGUUGACGUCGUCUUUCUUCACUGUUAACUUUCGCAGGCACAUUUUCACGUCUUCCUCCCUGCCGCCACAACCAGCAUGAUUGUAUAGAGUUCACUUACUAUAGAUCAUUUACAUACCAAGAGUUAUAUUAAAGAAGAAUGCACAAAUGAACAUGUCAUAAUUUUUGUUAUAAUAAAUAUAAAAAUUUACAAAUAA